GGCGCUCGCGGGCUCGGCCGGCGGUGCGCGCCCACUCCGGCUCCAGGCGGCCAGCGCGCGGGACCAGGCCGCCGGGUUCCGGCCCGGCAGCGGCAGUAGCGGUAGCGGCGGCCGCCUGCGGGGAGGCCCCGCGCUCCUCCUGGUCCCUCCCCGGCGCGGUGCAUGGAGACGAGGCCCGCCGCGCGCCCCUGAGCCCGCCGCCCGGCCCGGGACCCGCGGGGGCUGGGGUGGCCUCGGGCUCCGGCCGGCCCCGCCGCAGCCGCACUCGGGCUUGGCCGGCCGCCCCCCCCGCCGCCCGAGGGCUGCGCGCGGCCCGCGGGCCUCGUCGCCCGCGCGGAUCGCCGCGGCCCGGCCGUCCCGUCCCAAGAAGCGGCCGUCCUGACCGCCAUGGCUCACUCCCCGGUGCAGUCGGGCCUGCCCGGCAUGCAGAACCUAAAAGCAGACCCAGAAGAGCUUUUUACCAAACUGGAGAAAAUCGGGAAGGGCUCUUUCGGCGAGGUGUUCAAAGGCAUUGACAAUCGGACUCAGAAGGUGGUCGCCAUAAAGAUCAUCGACCUGGAGGAGGCUGAGGACGAGAUCGAGGACAUCCAGCAGGAGAUCACGGUGCUGAGCCAGUGCGACAGCCCCUAUGUCACGAAGUACUAUGGGUCCUACCUGAAGGACACUAAAUUAUGGAUAAUAAUGGAAUAUCUGGGUGGAGGCUCUGCACUGGACCUAUUAGAACCUGGCCCUUUAGAUGAAACCCAGAUCGCUACUAUAUUAAGAGAAAUUCUGAAAGGACUUGAUUAUUUGCAUUCGGAGAAGAAAAUUCACAGAGAUAUUAAAGCUGCCAACGUCCUGCUCUCCGAACACGGAGAGGUGAAGCUGGCGGAUUUUGGAGUGGCGGGCCAGCUGACAGACACCCAGAUAAAGAGAAACACCUUCGUGGGCACCCCUUUCUGGAUGGCGCCCGAGGUCAUCAAGCAGUCGGCCUACGACUCAAAGGCGGACAUCUGGUCCCUGGGCAUCACGGCGAUCGAGCUUGCCAAAGGGGAGCCGCCUCACUCCGAGCUGCAUCCCAUGAAGGUCUUAUUCCUCAUUCCAAAGAACAACCCUCCGACGCUGGAGGGAAACUACAGCAAACCCCUCAAGGAGUUCGUGGAGGCCUGUUUGAAUAAGGAGCCGAGCUUUAGACCCACUGCUAAGGAGUUACUGAAGCACAAGUUCAUAAUCCGCAAUGCAAAGAAAACCUCCUACCUGACUGAGCUCAUCGACAGGUACAAGAGGUGGAAGGCCGAACAGAGCCACGAAGACUCCAGCUCCGAGGACUCAGACACGGAAACGGACACGGACGGCCAAGCAUCCGGAGGCAGCGACUCGGGAGACUGGAUCUUCACGAUCCGGGAGAAGGAUCCAAAGAGUCUUGAGAAUGGAGCCCUUCAGCCGUCAGAUCUAGAAAGAAACAAGAUGAAAGACAUCCCAAAGAGGCCUUUCUCUCAGUGUUUAUCUACAAUUAUUUCUCCGCUGUUUGCAGAGCUGAAGGAGAAGAGCCAGGCGUGCGGAGGCAACCUGGGGUCCAUCGAGGAGCUGCGGGGGGCCAUCUACCUGGCGGAGGAGGCCUGCCCCGGCAUCUCGGACACCAUGGUGGCCCAGCUCGUGCAGCGGCUGCAGAGGUACUCUCUAAGUGGCGGAGGAACUGCACCCCGCUGAAAUCCCUUUGGCGUUGGGGGUUUUGUUUUUCCUUUCUUCCUUCUUCAUCCUCCUCCUUUUUCAAAGUCAACGAGAGCCUUUGCUGACUCCGCUGAAGGGGGGGUGCGCCAUCGGGGGGCCGUCCCCCCAGCGACAUCACCUGCCCAGGACCACAUGGGCCUUCCUCGCUGGCCUGGGCCUGAUGACGUCUCCAGAUGGGGUGGGGGGUGGGGCAGCUCCUUCAAGCGAUUGUUUUACUUUAUUACUCUUGUUUUUAAUUUUAACCGUAGUGCACAUACCAAGGAAAGUGUCUUUAAAAACAAAAAUAAACCCUGAAAUGUAUAUUUGGGAAUAUGAUAAAGCGACUGAAGAAAUGAAACCUCAGGUAUCCUGCUUUACGUCAAUAACUCCUCCCCGGGAGACGGAGAACCGCUCUGGUGGAUCAGUGUACAGAUUUGUAUAUAGCGUCAUUUUUACGGAAACCCUUUGGGCGUGCGUAGAAAUCACUGUGUGCACAUUGGCCAAGUGCUUCUGUAGAUACUGUCCGUGGAGUAAAUAUUUGACAGGCCAUAACUUGAGUCUAUUGCCUUGCCUUUAUUACUUGUAAAUUUUGAUUCUGUGACCAGUGAUUUGGGUUUUAUUUUGUAUUUGCAGGGUUUGCCCUUAAUAAUAAUUACUGCCCCUCUUGUGGAACACUCCUGUAUUUGUACCUCAGCAAAUGCAAAUAUUCCUCUUGUUUGCCCUACAACCUUUUUGGUACACUUAGAAGUUGAUUUCCUUUUUCAUUGACGGUACUAUUUUCUUAGUGUUUUAAAUUGGAACAUAUCUUGCCUCAUGAAGCUUUAAAUUAUUACUUUAAGUUUCUCCCCGAUGACGUGAUCUCGUCUCGCGUGCGUGCCCUGGCAGCCCCGCGCCCGCUGUGCCGUCCUUCCAGUAGGGUUUUCUGUUGCAUCUUGUAGUGAAACCUGCAUAUCAUUUUUCCCACCUAAACGUGUCCGAAUGCUUACACGAAUAAAUUUUAUAACACGGAUUUUGCA